UCAAAUGUUAGGCUACUCUAUUGCCCUACAUUAGUAAUAAUCUAGCUUAUGGCCUGAUGAUCCGUUCUUUUUAUAAAUCUAUUAUAUCAAUGUCCCUUGGAAGGGACCGUCGGGUGUAAAGGGUUAAGAGAGACUUUUUGGAGAGAAAAAAAUUAUUCAUUCGACUGAUGAGCGUCCAGUACUAAGAAAUAUCAUUUCAGGAAGUCCUCUAUCGGUCGGUACAGCUUUUUUAUUGUCACAUGUCAACGUAUGUGUUGCAGAUCAACUGAAAACAGUUUUUGUUCGCCCAAGGCUAAACAUUUAAUCGAUUUUCAAGACGCUUUCAGCAAGAAUCACUUUUAUUUUGAAUACUUUUAUACUAUUGUUGCUUCUUAAGGAGAAUUCCUUUAAAAAUGGCAAUUUUUUUAUUUGCUAUAUUGAUCGAAAGUAAAAAAAUUUUUAUUCGACAUGUGGUAAGAGUUUUUUUCUACUUGUAGAAAUAUAGUAUAAUAGUAAAAGUUCUACGUACACUGUUGAGAAGAGCUAAACAUCCGAUGCGAAAUUAUGCUAAUUUUACUGAGAUCAACUCAGAUUUUACUUUAGAGUAUUACAUAUCUACCUGAAUGCAUGACAAUUAUCAUCGUCAUCGAUAAAUUGUAUAAGAUAAAUAAACAAAUACAAACAUUCGCUAACACACUGACUUCAAACUUGUUUGACAUUGUUAAAACUGGGUACCCAUCUUAUAACGAUAAUAAGUAGUUUAAGAACGGUCAACUUAUUUUUAUUUCUUAUUCUAGUGUUAACGUCAAGCCUGGUACUACAACAUCAAAACGCAAUGUAACCGACGACGAACAAUUUGUACGAGUGAAAGAUUCUCGAGAACCCAGCGAUAUGUACGGUGUUUCCCCACCAGAAACAGGUGCUAAAGAGCAAACGCGACCGAGUACCCCACCAACAAGAAGUGCCGCAUUCGAAGAAUUUAAGCAGACACGUGGCAGUAAUUUAAACAAAAUUUAUCAAGAAAAUAAAGAUAUAAUGUCAACUAAAAAGAAACAAUUUGCUGAAUUAGCACGUCGAAUAAAUCAGACUAAAGGCGAUAUUGAUAAAACACGAAUUGAUGCUGAACGAAAAAAGAAUGAACGUCUUAAUCUGGGUGAGUUUACAAAUGAAAAUGGUGAAACAAUAAUUGACGAAGAAGAAUAUGAACUAAUAUCAAAACUACAAGAAUUAAAAGCGGCUUAUCGUGUUGAUUUUGAUAACUGGAAAAUGUUAAAAUCAGAAAUUGCCUAUUGUCAAAAUUUAGUAAAUCAAUGUCAACAACGACUUGUUCAAGAAUUUGAUUCAUGGUAUAAUGAUUGUUAUUUACCAGCUAAUGAGGAUAAGACAUCAGCAGAUGUUGUUGGAAAGUCAAACGAAUUUCAAAUUUAUGAGGAUGCCGCCGAACGAUUUGAACGUAUGCAAAAAGAGUUACUGAUGAGUGAUUUAGAUAGUAUGCCGUACAGAGCAGCACAAAUGAAAACGAAUAGAAGACAUGUGUUUAAUUCGUCAAUUUCACAACCGUUGUAUAAAAAUGCACCGAAUGUUCCGAAUGCGACAGGUGGUGGUACAUCCUCAUCUUCAAAUAAACGAGGUGGUGUUGGAGCACCACCUCAAACAGUUCGAUAA